CAAAAACAAGAAAAUUAAAAAAACAAAGGUUGAGAAUAGUGGCUCACUCCUGUAAUCCCAGCACUUUAGGAGGCCAGGGUGGGAGGGUCACUUCCUGUUCCUCAUGUAAAUAGAUGGCUGCUGGGGCCACCCCAUUUGUCCUGCCCAUGGCUAACACUCAGCAGUCCUCCCAGCCCACCAUAUAUGAACCUUGACGACUGGAGUGCACAGGAGUGUGACUGAUGAGGCAGGAGGUAGGGCCUUGAGCCCAUGAUACUAGGAAAAGGAUGGGCAGGAAAAGGGUGAGGUGGGAAGAAAGAAGGAGGGCAGUUCCUUACUUGCUGUCUUAUGGGGUAGUAACUGGGAGACCUCUGAGCUGUGGCUCAGUGCAGUGGUUCCCUGGCUGGUAAUUUUGCGCCUGCUAGUCCGGGGCUAGGUUUUUGCCAGAAGAUGGGUGAAGGAGAUACCAGCACCAAGGGGCUCUGGCUUUUUCUGGACAGGGAGGGAAUAGAACAAUUUGUGUUGAAAUGACUGGAGCCAAACUCCAAGCACUUUAUAACAAAAAGGAAUUAUUUAGCUCACAUAACUAAAAAGUCCAAAUGCAAUAGCUUCAGGGACAGCUGGAUCCAGGAGCCUAGUAUGGUUAGGAGUGCACUUCUCAAUCUCUUGAUUGUUUCUUUCUGUGUCAGCUUCACUCUCAGCCAGGCUCUUCUCAAGCAGUGGCAAAGAAGAGCUGCCCUUUCCUUCCAGUUCAGCCCCAAGGGAAGGGAAAUUAGUGCCUCUUUCCUAUUGGCUCAUCCAGGGUUGUAGGGUUGAUUCUUAUUGGUCAAACUUUAGUCCUAUACUCCGCCCUGAACUAAUCACUGCAGAAAUGUGAAUGAAAUAUGAAGAUUGGCCAGGUCUGGUACACAAGCCCGGCCUGGAGCUAGGGAGUGGGACACAGGCACAGGAAUUAAGAAGGAGAAGGGAAGUCCCUAAAGGUAAGACAGGCUUGGGGGAGGGAAUCUGGGUAGAUGCAAACUACAGGUGUCCUUUGAAGUGAAGACAGGAGGUUUAACCUUAAGGCUGAGGUCCUCCAGAGAUACUGGGCUCAAGUCUAUUCAGAAGGCAAGGCCAGGAUAUGGGCCUGGUUGGCUUUGGGGCAUGGGCACCAUCCAGAAUGAAGGUGUCUCCUGUCCACUUCUAUAAGAGAGACAGAGGCCUGAGGAGGAGGCAGAGAAGAGCUGCCUCUGCUCCCCCUCCACUGUGACUCUGGGUCCUUUCCCUGAGAAGGUAGUUGGGGGACAAUCCUUUCUGCAAGUCUGGGGUGGGUGGGACUCUGUACAGAGCCAGGAGCUCAAGGGGCUGCCUGUGAGAUGGUGAACUUCUGUCUCAAGUAUGCCAACUAGUGUUGGGGACACCUGAACCUCAUGGGACUUGAGGCUACUGUGGUGGGGACAGCUGAACCACCUGGGGCUGGACAGUUGUCUCCAGGACAGAGGGAGGGAGAUGAACUGAAUACCCAACUGUCUCCAUCUCCAGGAGGUGAGAUGGCAGCUGGGCAAAAUGGGCACGAAGAGUGUGUGGGCAGCGCAUACCUGUUUGUGGAGUCCUCGCUGGACAAGGUGGUCCUGUCGGAUGCCUACGUGCACCCCCAGCAGAAGAUGGCAGUGUACAGGGCUUUGCAGACUGCCUUGGCAGAGAGCGGCGGGAGCCCGGACGUGCUGCAGAUGCUGAAGAUCCACCGCAGCGACCCACAGCUCAUCGUGCAGUUGCGAUUCUGCGGGCGCCAGCCCUGCAGCCGCUUCCUCCGCGCCUACCGCGAGGGGGCGCUACGCGCCGUGCUGCAGAGGAGCCUGGCGGCCGCGCUCUCCCAACACUCGCUAUCGCUGCAACUGGAACUGCGCGCUGGCGCCGAGCGGCUGGACGCUUUGCUGGCGGACGAGGAGCGCUGUUUGAGUUGCAUCCUGGCCCAGCAGCCGGACCGGCUCCGGGACGAAGAACUGGCUGAGCUGGAGGAUGCGCUCAGGAACCUGAAGUGCGGCUCGGGGGCCCAGGGUGGCGACGGGGAGGUCUCUUUGGCCCCCUCGCAGCUCCCCGUGCCCUCUCUGUCGGAGGUGAAGCCGCGGCCGCCGCCAACGCCUGCCCAGACUUUUAUGUUCCAGGGUCAGCCUGUAGUGAACCGGCCGCUGAGCCUGCAGGACCAACAGACGUUUGCGCGUUCCGUGGGCCUCAAAUGGCGCAAGGUGGGGCGCUCGCUGCAGCGGGGCUGCAGAGCGCUGCGGGACCCGGCGCUGGACUCGCUGGCCUACGAGUACGAGCGCGAGGGGUUGUAUGAGCAGGCCUUCCAGCUGCUGCGGCGCUUCGUGCAGGCCGAGGGCCGCCGCGCCACUCUGCAGCGCCUGGUGGAGGCACUUGAGGAGAACGAGCUCACCAGCCUGGCAGAGGACUUGCUGGGCCUGACUGAUCCCAAUGGCAGCCUGGCCUAGACCAGGGGUGCAUCCAGCUUUUGGAUAACCUGGAUGGCCCCAGGGUUCCUUCUGCUGCUAUUGCUGAACCCUUGUCCAUCCACGGGACCCUGAGACCCCAUCUGGCCUAUCAUCUGCUGGACUUGCUGAGGCAGAGUUGACUGCCUUCCCCAGGAGCCAGACUGGCACCCACCGAGCCCGCUGGGGGUGCACCACUGGGGAUUCUGCCUCAGGUACUUUGAUAGAGUGUGUGGGGGACCUGCUUUGGAGAUCAGCCUCAACCUUCCCCCACCCCAGAAGUGGGACUUACAGCCAGCCCUUACAGUUUCACUUAUGAAGCACCUUGACCUUCAGUGUCCUGGACUUCAUCCUGGGUGUUGCAGAUACUGCAGUGAAGUAAAACAUGAGUCAGUCUUGCCUGCACCCGGCUCACACUCAGCAUGGGACCCCGAAUGUAAAGCAAUGAUAAAGUGUAGCAUGGUUUUUGAUGUGAGAAA